UCGGGCUCCUUUCUUCAUGUUUAUCGUGCGAGAUAGAUAGAUAGAUAGAGAGAGAGAGGGAGAGCGAGAGCAAAGGAGGGAGUGUGAGAAAGAAGGAGCAUGACCGGAGAGCAGAGAAGGAGGAGGUGACCAACCGCUCAUGCUGAAUGAUCAUAUUCUAUUUUUCUUUUUUUCAUCUGUCAUGCAAACCUUUCCCAGUAAUAACAGUGUGACUGAGUCGGGUUGGAAAAGCCUCUCUUUCAGCGUUUUUCUCUCUCUCUCAACCUGCAGGAUCUUCCCUCUCAGAUUCUGACUGGUGUUGAGACAUUUGCCUCUGGCCUCUUCCUCAACCAUUCCUAACUUCUGUGUGGAGAACAGUGAAAAGGAAUUUUAAUGCAUCAGUAUUCGCUAGCCGACGCCAUGACGGACAAAGGAAACUUCACAGUUCCGAAGUUAUCAGAGUCUAACAUGGGAUUCGGCGUGCUGGGAGUGUUUCUGGGGCUUCUCCUCGAGGUCUCCACGCAUGGACCCAACGCUGUGCCUCGAACCUCCUGGAGACACCAAGAUUUAGAUCUGAUGGAGUUUUCUGAGCCGGGGAUCUUCAACUACUCCACGCUGUUGCUGAGCGAGAAAAGAGACGCGCUGUAUGUGGGAGCACGGGAGGCCAUCUUUGAGCUCAGCAAGAAGAACGUGACGGUUAAAAACAACAAGGUCGAGUGGACAGUUGCAGAAAACCCCAUGGUGAUGUGCACUUUAAAAGGAAAAUCAAAAGAGAAGGAUUGUCUAAACUACAUUCGAGUGCUGCAAGUCGUAGACGAUGAGCGGCUGUAUGUCUGCGGAACGCAUGCCUUUCAACCUCAGUGUGACUACUUGAACCUCGCUGACUUCUCAUUGGACCGUCAACCUGAAGACGGCCGGGGGAAGUGCUCCUUUGACCCGUCACAAAGCUUUACUACCGUCAUGGUUGAUGGAGAGCUGUACUCAGGGACAGCUUAUAACUUCUUAGGCAGCGAACCCAUUAUGUCCAGAUACUCUCCGUCCCAGUCCCUGCUGAGGACAGAGUACUCCACAUCAUGGCUCAACGAGCCAAGUUUUGUUUUUGCUGAUGUGAUCAGUGAAGGGAGUAACAGAGUGGAUGGCGAGGACGAUAAAAUCUACUAUUUCUUCACCGAGGUGUCAGUGGAGUACGAAUUCUUUGGCAAGCUGCUCAUCCCCAGGGUGGCCCGCGUCUGUAAGGGUGACCUCGGGGGGCAGCGCACUUUGCAGAAAAAAUGGACGUCCUUCCUGAAAGCCAAGCUGGUGUGCUCCAUGCCUGAGCUCAACUUUGUUUUCAACGUAGUGCAUGAUGUGUUCAUCCUGAAGGGCGCCGACUGGAAGGACACCGUCAUCUACGGGGUGUUCACCUCCCAGUGGGGUAACGUGGGCCUGUCAGCAGUGUGUGCUUACAACAUGACAGCUGUGGAAGACGUCUUCUCCAAGGGCAAGUACAUGCAGAAGGUCACAGUGGAGCAGUCCCACACCAAGUGGGUCCGGUACAACGGCAUCACUCCCACCCCACGUCCUGGAGCAUGUAUUAACAACCUGAUGCGACAGCAGAACAUCAGCAGCUCUCUCCACCUGCCGGACAAGACCCUUCAGUUUGUGAAGGACCACCCCCUGCUGGAGGACCCCGUCCUGCCCAUCGGCAACGGGCCUCGCCUCAUCACCAAAGACGUCAACUACACCCAAAUCGUUGUGGAAAGGGUCCGCGCGCUCGACGGAAAGAUUUACGACGUCAUGUUCACUGGAACUGAUAAGGGAAUCCUGCACAAGUCAGUGGUGUAUGAAGGAGAGGUGCAUAUCGUGGAGGAGAUCCAGCUCCUGAAGAACUCCGAGUCCAUCAAGAACCUGCUGCUGUCCUCUGAGACGCGGUCUCUGUACGCUGGCUCAGACUCUGGUGUGGUUCAGUCCCCCACAGCCUUCUGCGACCGGUACCGGUCCUGCGCGGACUGCGUCCUGGCUCGGGACCCUUACUGUGCCUGGGACCCUCACACUGCUGCCUGUGUCAAUAUCCUCGAUGCCCCCAGCCAACGGCCUAGGAGUCUAAUCCAGAGCCUGAAAGGUGACGCAGACAAGUGUCCUUCAGCAUCAGGACUAUCUGUGAAGGACUACCAGCGUGUGAAGGUGAAACCAGGAAGCUCUGCUGAGCUGCCGUGCCUGGUACGCUCCAACCUGGCCCAGGUCAUGUGGAAAUCCAACGGCUCGGUGCUCACCGAGGCCUCGCGCUUCCACCUCAUAGCCGAAAACGGUCUCCUUAUUUACAGCGUGGCCCCAGAGGACCAAGGUCACUACGAGUGCUGGUCUGUGGAAUGGGCCCCCGCUGCUGGGAAGAACUUCAGCCGCCUCCUGGCCGGAUACGUCCUCUCUCUUAUUCCCCCGCCCAGAGCCCCUCAGCAGGCCGGCCAUGUGACCCCCCCCCUCAACAGCCAGGAGACAUCUAGCACCCAAGCAGCUGAAGGUAACGGUAAGACAGACAGAGCCCUACUAACGUCGGCCAUUGCCCCUCCCAGCUUCACAGCCACUACCCAAUUCACCUCCCCUCCCCAAACUGACUCAUCACUAACCCCGCCGCCCAGCAGCACCAUCAGGUUUCAGCCGAAGCUCCCCCCCCUGAGCUCCAACACGCCGCACAGCCUGGACAACCGGGUCACAGCGGCGGAGUAUCUGCAGCACAACAACAGCACCGCCCUCCUCUUCCUCUUCCUCCUGUUUUUCCUCCUCUUCCUGGCUGCACUAGCGUACAACUGCUACAUGCAGUACCUGCCGGCCCCCUGCCUGAGGCUGCGAGGCGCUCUGCUGGGCAGUCACAAGAGCACCCACCAGCCGGAGUACCGGGCCUGCGAGGCGGGUCUGAUGGAAGCUGCUACCAGCGACAAAAUGAACAUGACGGAGCAGCCGACACAGAACGGCAGCCAAACCACCCAGAACCUCAAGGCGCUGCGCGACACCGGGUACGAGACCGAGCCCGAGUGUGGCAACGGGCGGAUCCCCUCCCACACUUGUGGGGGAGACAGCCCGUCCCAGGAGAAGCCCUUCGAUGUGGACUGUGAAUCUCAGCCCAUCGAGUUUGCAGAUGCAGAUGAACCUUACUGCUAGCAAGAAGCCUCUUUCAGCAUAAAGAAUAUUUGAUAGGGAUUUCCCGCUCUUUCUGGAUCUUCCCACAAAUCACACAUGGUUUCCUCUAUAAAGGUUUUUUCAGUGUUUAGCACCACGUGAAGUUUAAUCGUCACAAAGCUUAAGUGUACUUACCUGUAGAGGUUGAUGUCUGAUUUAGGGUGAUGAUGAUGAUGAUGAUGAUGAUGAUGAAGGUAAAAACUGUUCUCACAGAAGCUGCACCCGCUCUGCUUAGGUCCAGCGAGAAAAGCUAUUUUGUUAAAUUCCAAAUUGGAAACAUUGUUUACCAAAUUGGUAAGUUACCUUGAUGUUUUCCAAAUUGGAGUUGUGUUUUUUUGUACAGCCUGGGUGAAAACCGUUCUCAAAGCCACACGUAGGCGAUUGGACUGGAAAGGCUUCAACAUUACAUUGUUUCUCAGGGAAGAUUUCCUCGGUACGUUACAGUCUUGCUUUGUUGUACACUGUUGCCAUCUGCAGCGCCCGGUAUGUGGGCCUCUCACCCAGUGAGGUGGCUAUGUCUGUCUGAAGGUCAGAGAAAUAGAAAAAAACGACAACUGGCAUGAUAUAGAAAUGCUGGAAUAAAUCAAACUACUGUCAAACCAUCUUUAAGUGACAAUGUUGAGUUUCUCUGAAUGAAAUGUGUCCUACCUGUGAAGUCGACAUUCCUCCAUGGAUAAACCUCCUGAUGAUCCUGUGUAUUAACCGCUACUCGUCAUUUCCCCUCAUGCGGUGUGUUAUUAACAUAAAUAUAUCCAGUAUUAUGGGAUGUUGGACAAUAUCAAUCAUCAGGGUCUUUUUUCAAACAGCCUGGAAACAAUCUUUUCUUUAAAGUUAUUUUGUGUUACUAUUUUGAAUCAAGCCUUCAUUUUCUGAACAUGAUUAUUUAAGAUGAGUCUCUUCUGUGGUAAUAACAUGUCUCGUUUGUAAUUAGUUAAGAUCUUGCUCUUUUUGUUUAAUUUAUUCCAGCAGAUUUGUUUCAUUAUUUUUUUUAGAGCCUAGCACCUCAGUUUCCCUCGUGUCGGAUUUGCAUGUCACCCCUUUAUUAGAUUUCCCAUUUUCCUCAAUACUCUCUUUUCCCAUCACUCCCUCCCUCACAGCCUCCUCUCCUGUCGACACUUCAUCUUCCCUGUCCUCCUCUUCUUCCUCCUCUUCUUCCACCUCUUCCUCCACCAAGCCCCACAGUGUGGAGGCCCGGGAGGCAGAGGUGAGACUGUUGCCCCCCCUGCUGAAGGACCAAGCCUGGGGGGUGCACGCCCAGGAGGCCUUCCUGCUCUUCUGCCUGGCCCUGGGUGAGUGGUGUCGGUGACGAUGGCUCGAAUGCAACUCCGGAACUACAAAUCUUUUCCUAGCACUGUUUUAACCCUCCCCCUUUUUCACUCAUCCUCUCUGACUUUUUGCACGUUGCAUGUUUCCAUCUCCCAAACAUAAGCUAACUGGAAGUGUGUGUUUCUGGAUUUGUUUCAAACAAGCCUGUCCUUCGCUUCAUGGCAUCUGCCUUUUGGAGAACUGUUAGUCUCAAUUUCAGGUGUCUGGUAAGAUACCUUUUUUAAUAAGUGAAUGUUUGAAAAGACAAGAUCUGAUGUUCAGCUGUCUACGUGAUCUGGUUGUCUAAAUUCUCACUUCUAAUGAUAAAUGAACAUGGUACAUUUUUGUGUAAAGUAUGUAACGGCAGUCUGGCGCGAAUGUUACAUUUAGAAAUGGAUCCUUUUUGUCCAGGGUGUCAAUUGUAGGAUUACAUCUCAAUACCUAAUCUGGAUUUUUUUUGUUUGUGCCUGUAAACAAGUGUAAAUAUAUUUGUAUAUAUGGAACAAAUACCAUUUGAAGAUGUACAUAAAUCUAGGGGACUUUUUGGGAGCAUUGCUCUUGGUAGGGAGGCUAAAUAAAUAUUGUCAAAUGUUUUCAA